GGCCCGUCCCCCCUGCCCCUGGGUCGCUCUUUUUAAGCUCCCCUGAGCCGGGGCUGCGCUCCUCUAAUUGGAACUCCGAGUCGGGGCUAUUUCUGGUGUUGGCGCGGCUCCAAGAAGCCAGUCUCUCAGCUGCCCCAGAGGGAAAGAAGAUGAGUGAGUCGGGCUCCAAGUCCAGCCAGGCCCUGGCCUCCAAGCAGGAAAAGGACGGGGCUGAGAAGCGAGGCCGGGGCAGGCCACGCAAGCAGCCUCCGAAGGAACCCAGUGAAGUGCCAACACCGAAGAGACCUCGGGGCCGACCAAAGGGGAGCAAAAAUAAGGGAGCCGCCAAGACACGGAAGGUUACCACAGCUCCAGGGAGGAAACCAAGGGGCAGACCCAAGAAGUUGGAGAAGGAGGAAGAAGAGGGCGUCUCCCAGGAGUCCUCGGAGGAGGAGCAGUAACCACCACAGCGCUGUGCCGCCUGCUCCUCAGCCCCUGAGGAGCAGCUUUUCCCCUGGGACUGGAAGCCCUGCUCCCAGGCCCCUCCCCGCCCCCACUGCACACUACCGCACUAGCUGCAGGCUCUGCGGCACCCAUGGGAGCAGGAUUCGGCCCGUGCCCUCCUCCCCGCCACACCUGCCCUCUCCCGACAAGGCUAACCUCCCUCUUAGCCGCAGCCCAUCCUGCCGCACAGCUCCCCGAGAGAGCUGCUCUCCGGGCUCUUUGUUUCUCCAGUCCCUUCUGCUCUGCUGUUCCUGGCUUCCUUGUAGGGGUCCUGGGAGCCUUCCCUGGCCUUAAGGGGCCCCAGCCCCGCUCCGCUCCUCUGACAAGCCCCGUUGGCUGAGCUGGCAGCAGCAGGUGUGCUCAGGCAGGGGAUGCUUGCCUCCCGGCAUGCCCCCACCAAGCUAUGACCAGGUGGGUUUUUUCAGUCUCUCCUGCCCCACCCUACCCAGACCCUGGAGGUUGGCUAAGCCCCUUGGGCUACUGGAAGCAGGACAGGUGUGGGCCUACCCACCUUGUUCUCACCUGGGACAGUGACAGAUGGAAGUUAACAUCCCCCUCCAAGGUGAGGUCCUCUUUGGCUUCCACCUAAGGCAGAAGGGGGACUUUCUCCCCCCCACUUCCACUCUAGGCUGCCCCCUUCCUGCAGCGGGCACUACGGAGCUAGCCUUGCCCCCUCCUUUUGCCCCUCCCCGGCCCCCAAGGCUCUGGUUCCCUCUUUUCCUCUGUUCACAAACUACCUCUGGACAGUUGUGUUGUUUUUGGUUCAAUGUUCAUUCGGAGACACCCACCAUUGCUGCUGCUACCAGCGCCAACAUUUAUCCUCCCGUUUUUUUUGUUUUUGUUUUUUUUUUUUUUUUUUGCCUGCACUCUCCUCCCCAAGACACUCUAGGGGAAGGGGGCUAGGGUACAGCAGGCCGGUCACCUACUCCACACCAGGGAAGAUGGGGGCCUGCCCCAUGGAUGCUGCAGCAGAGUGAGGAGGGGGCCUACUUUGAUGGGAAAGGGUGUAGGGCCACCAAACUCCCCUUGUUCUGUGGGGGAGGGGUGGCCAGUGUUUGUCCCAGCCUGGGGCCUCCCUCUGGUUUCCUAUUUGCAGUUACUUGAAUAAAAAAAUAGCCUUUUCUGGA